AAGUACGUGCUUGCGAUCAUAUAAAACAUACAGUGUGCGACAUCAAAAGGAAAGGGAAGUCCAAGUGUGUGACACUAGGCGUACACGGAGAAGCAACCCAACAAGUUGCAUCAGGAGAUACAAAUUACUUCUAAUAUGAAGUUGAUACUAUACGCGGCCCUACUUGGGUCAAUGGCUGCUACCACCCAAUCAGAUUUUGUAGAGAUACACCCCUCUAGAAUGAGGAGAGCUCCAUCCGUAGAUUCGGGCCGAUUGGAUGAAAUUGAAGAAAAGUUGAACAUGCUGGCAGACGAUGGAAGAAAUGAUGCACUUGAACAAACAGUUGAGGUGAUGUCGCGUCAGAUAAUGAUGCAGCAAUUGUUCGUUGAGGAACGUAUCCGUGGUGAUGGACAAUCUGGCAUCAAGAAGGUGAGAGGUCGUAAUACAGGUUUUAAAUCAUACCAUCAGAGGUCUUACGGUGGUUUUGGCGUUGCAUCAAUACAUCAACACAAUAAUAAUAUUCGUACGUGCGGCCUUGGGGAGUUCUCGGCCGUCCUAAAUGGAGUGGAAUUCCGAACUCGGCAUAAUGACUACAGGCUUUACAUGCCUAGUGAAACUAGCUCAAAAUUUCAUGAAGUACAAGAUGUGCCAUUCCCUGAUGUUCCCCAAGCUGUCUUAGAUCAACCUACCGUUGAUGGGCAAAUAUUAGAGAUGCGUGAAUGGUUCAGGGCUUGGAAGGAUCAGGAUCACAGUGUUAGGGACUAUAGACAGCACUUCAAACCCGCCCUGUGUUACUUAGAAGGCGCCUGGUUGGACCCAGAGGAGAGUCUAGAGUCAUACUUUAGCGAUCGGCAUUUCUUGGAUGCUUCUAGUUGGUUUGACCUGCAAGAAAAAAUUAGGUACACGUCAUAUACUGGCUCAAAAUCAGCACAAGAGAAUCUUGCUUUUCUUCCUGUAACCAUCAUGGGGAUAAACAACGCAACAUCACCAGAAUUUGCACAAUGGAACUACCGCAUCAUGUGUCAUCCGGUCAAGAAGGAGAUAAAAUUAGACAGAUUUCGCCUUGUUGAUGACUUUAUGUUUAGAAUGAAGAGAAAUUCACCAAUCGAUAAGUUUGAAAAUACCAGAAGCGCAAGGUUUCGAUUAAACACCAGAGAUACAUCCGCCUACUUCAAAUACUCCCAGGCUUCUCCAACUUUUCUUGAUGAAAUUAUGAAAGAAGUACCAGGUACAGAUAACUAUGGUGGAUCACUUAGAGAUACAACUAUAGAUGGUGAAGAAGUAGUUGAUUUAAAGACAAGAGAGCCCCUGAAUGCUGCAUUUUACCAUCGAUUUUUUAGUACUGAAAAACUUGAUGCUAUGGGUGUCGACAUAUUUCGCAGAUCUUAUUCAGAUGACUCUGUAUUUAUGGCAAAAACAUCGCAACCAAACGUUAGAGAGAUGGCCUUGGAAACAUGUGAUAAAGAGGCUGCCGACUAUGAUGCAGAGAGAUGUAUUCUCAAAGCUCGCUGGACUUUUGCUAUUCCACUUGAAAUUGUAUGGCUGACCCCACUUAGUAAAUGGAACCCAUACAAUUUAGCUUAUAAAGGUAAUGCAUACAACAACAAUAACCUCGAGAGUAGGUCCGUUACUGCAAAUGGUCGAAAUGGCGGCUUCGAAGCAGAUAAAGCGUACAAUGGCACAAAUCACAGGGUUUAUUAUCAAACGCCUAUUGAAUUCUACACCGGUGCUGCUGGCGAAGGUGACGCAGCAGAUACCGCCGAAGAUGCAGUCGGAGUACUUGACCCUGAGGGAAAUGUUCGUAAGGUAGCAGCGUCUGGUACCUACAUUCUUCUCCCGGAUAUUCCCGGCGUAGGCACCUUGAGGCAACGCUAUCCCAUUAUGCCAAUACACGAGGAGGGGUCAGCCAUCUACCAGGAAAUGGAAGCAGUCCGUGACUUAGUUCACGAGAGCAAAACUUACCAUUCCUUGUACAGGGAAAUGCCGGAAUUCGAGAACAUUGACGAAGUUACACCAGAACCAUAUGAGGCUAUCACUCUUGAAACAGGAAUAGCCACGUCAAGUCCACAUGCUCAUUUGGUGCAGCUGACAGCGGAAGAUGUAGAGGCAGUGAGGAAUGAUGGAAUCGUAGAUGUUACCACCAGUCCCAAGAACGGCCAUUCUCACAGCUUGAAAGUUACAUUCUCGGCAGGUGAAUACAUUAUAUGGAGCUGUGAUGGAAAUGUGUCAUGCAGAGAUGGUCAUCCAAGGAUCCUGACUGAGUCAUAAGUUUGACUGUAGCUAUAAUGAAUGAUUAGACUUUAGCUUUCGAUUAUAUAGCUCCGGAUAAACCCCGGGGGAUAAAUGUAUCUAACAUAACCAUCGGUUUGCUGCAGCAGCUUAUUGUUGAAAUAUUAAAGGCACGCUAUACUUAAUUUAGAAGAAAAAAUAAUUUUGAAACAUGUUACUCACACACUUGCUCAAACAUGACACAAAGUUUGAUUUGCUUUAAUAUUUUUGAACUAAGAAAAAAUAACUCGCAUAGAAAAAAGCAUUUGAAGUUCAGAGAUCAUUAGACAUGCAUGCACAUGUUAAACAAAGUGCAUGUU